AUUGGGCUUGGACCCCGGGCGCCAGAUCCUGGAUCCUGAACCGCACCUUCAGUCGAGAGUCCAGAGAAGGAAAAAAUGGCUGUCGUACAUUCAAAAGCAAAGUCCAAGCUCUGCCUUUUUCAGACUCUGUGCUUCUCUAAGCUAGGAAUCCAGAGGAGGAUUGAUCAUUUCUUGCAGCGCUAAAAACCAUGGCUCAGAGAUCAGUGAUGUUCAGGGAUGUUGCCAUUGACUUCUCUCAGGAAGAGUGGGAAUACCUGGACUCUGCUCAAAGGGAUUUGUAUAGAGAUGUGAUGUUGGAGAACUAUAGUAACUUGGUGUCACUAGUAGACUUGCCUUCAAGGAGUGCAAAUAAAGACUUAUCUCCAAAAAAUGACACUUAUGAAACAGAACUAUCCCAAUGGGAAAUGAGUGCCAGGCUUGAAAACUGUGAUCUUGAGGAGUCCAGUUCCAGAGAUUAUUUGGAAGUCAGAGACACAUUGGAAAAGCAACAAGAAAAUCAGGAGGAAUAUUUCAGGCAAGGGAUGAUCAUAUAUGAAAAAAUGUCCAUUUUCAAUCAGCAUGCUUACUUAUCUCAACAUCCUAGGUGUCAUUCUACUGAGAAACCCUAUAAAUGUAAAGAAUGCGGGAAGGCCUUUAGACGAGCCUCACACCUAACUCAGCAUCAUAGUAUUCAUACUGGUGAAAAACCCUAUGAAUGUAAGCAAUGUGGGAAGGCGUUUAGUCGUGAUUCACAGCUCAUUCUUCAUCAGAGACUUCAUACUGGUGAGAAACCCUAUGCAUGCAAGGAAUGUGGGAAGGCCUUUACUCAGAGCUCACAGCUUAUUUUACAUCAUAGAAUUCAUACUGGUGAAAAACCUUAUAAAUGUGAAGAAUGUGGGAAAGCCUUUAUUCGUAGCUCACAACUUACCCGACAUCAAAAAGUCCAUACUGGUGAGAAACCUUAUGAAUGUAAAGAAUGUGGGAAGGCCUUUACUCAGAACUCGCAACUUACUCUGCACCAGAGACUUCAUACUGGUGAGAAACUCUAUGAAUGUAAAGAAUGUAGAAAGGUCUUUACUCAGCUCUCACAACUUAUUCUACAUAAGAGAAUUCACACCGGUGAAAAACCUUAUGAAUGUAAGGAAUGUGGGAAAGCUUUUAUUUGUGGCUCACAGCUUUCUCAGCAUCAGAAAAUUCACAAUGGGGAAAAGCCAUAUGAAUGUAAGGAAUGUGGAAAGGCCUUUAUUCGUGGCUCUUUGCUUAUGCAACAUCAGAGGAUUCAUACUGGUGAAAAGCCCUAUAAAUGUGAAGAAUGUGGGAAAGCCUUUAUCCGUGGUUCACAACUUACUCAACACCAGAGAAUUCAUACGAAUGAGAAGCCUUAUGAAUGUAAGGAAUGUGGAAAGACCUUUAGUCAUGGCUCACAGCUUACUCAACAUCAGAGAAUUCAUACUGGUGAGAAACCCUAUCAGUGUAAGGAAUGUGGAAAGGCUUUUAAUCGUGGCUCACUCCUUACUCGACAUCAAAGGAUUCAUACUGGUGAAAAACCCUAUGAAUGUAAAGAAUGUGGGAAAACUUUUAGUCGUGGCUCAGAACUUACUCAGCAUGAGAGGAUUCACACCGGUGAGAAACCUUAUGAAUGUAAGGAAUGUGGGAAAUCUUUUAUUCGUGGCUCACAGCUUACCCAACAUCAGAGAAUUCAUACUGGUGAGAAGCCGUAUGAAUGUAAAGAGUGUAGAAUGGCCUUUACUCAGAGUUCACAUCUUUCUCAACAUCAGAGACUUCAUACUGGUGAGAAACCCUAUGUAUGUAAUGAAUGUGGGAAGGCCUUUGCCCGUGGCUUACUACUUAUACAGCAUCAGAGAAUUCAUACAGGUGAGAAACCAUAUCAGUGUAAGGAAUGUGGGAAGGCCUUUAUUCGUGGCUCACAACUUACUCAACAUCAGCGAAUUCACACUGGAGAAAAGCCUUACGAAUGCAAGGAAUGUGGGAAGGCCUUUAGUCAUGGCUCUCAACUUACUUUACAUCAGAGAAUUCAUACUGGUGAGAAGCCCUAUGAAUGCAAAGAAUGCAGGAAAGCAUUUACUCAGAGCUCACAUCUUUCUCGACAUCAGAGAGUUCAUACUGGUGAGAAACCCUAUCAAUGUAAGGAAUGUGGGAAGGCCUUUACUCGUGGUUCACAACUAACUCAACAUCAGAGAAGUCAUAUCAGUGAGAAAUCUUUUGAAUAUAAGGAGUGUGGGAUAGAUUUCAGUCAUAGCUCUCAAGUUUAUAUAUGAAUUACCUGAUUCUUUAUGAUUAAGAUAGCCUUCUCUGGUCACUAAUCCAUUAUUAUCAAAGAAUUCCUAAAAUGUGAAUAUGGGAGCAUAUUUGCCUCAUAAAGUUCAGCAUCAGUGAAUUCUAAUGGGGGAAGAUACUGUUAAUGUAAUCUAUGUAGAAAAACCUAUCAUUACUGGAAACCUAUUAAACUUUAGCUUAUAAUAAUAGAGAAUAAUUCUGUUAAUAUAGUAAAUAUAUUAAGGCCUUUGGCUGUAGAAUUUGUCUUUUCCAACAUUAUUUUGACUCUACCAGCUACUUUCCUUCAUGACAUUUAUAAUUAACCUCUGCUUUGGCUUAAUCAUUUGUAAGAUAGGCCUAAUACCUUCCUUGUAAGAUUCUUGGAAGUAUUAUGUGAGACAUUUCAUGUAAAGUUCUUAGAGCAGUGCCUUGAACAUAGCAUACCACAAGUAUUAGCUAUCAUUAUUACUAGUAUGAUUUUAGAGAAUUUGCAUGAGAAGAGGACACUUAGGGGUAUAAUGAAUAUUGAGAAAUCUUUCAUUAAUAUUUGACCCUGACUGUUUGAGUGGGGGCCACUGUAUGCUGUAAUGAACAUGAGAAAGCUUUCAUUCACAUCUUAUUCCAUAUGCUAGAAGAGGAAAUUCAUACUGUUGGGGGUUGGGGGUAGACAAAAAUUUGUAGAUUUAAUCAGUGGAUUGUUGAAGAGAGGUAAAGUGAAUUGUAACAAGGUCCAAAAAUUCAUAUGUCCUAUCAUUUUUACUAUAAUUCAAGAAUAUUAUUUAAGAAAUGAAAAACAAUGGCUAGCCAAAAUAAAAUUUCCUACUAGGAAAUUUCUAAAAACUUGAAUGUACAGCUUUUUAAUUAAACUAAAAAUAAACUGAUAUUACUAUUUUGCAGUGAAACAUGACAUUCUGUCACAGACUGCUACUUCCCUACCCAAUAUCCAUUUUUCCUUUAGAGUUCUUGGCUGAAAAAUGAUCUCAGCCUCGUUUGCAGGUCAGCAAGAUGGAAGUGGUAUUUCUACAUGUAGGACAUUUAAGAAUACCUUUCUCUCUC